UGCCCCUCUUCUUUGUUCCCCAGCCUUUGUUAGCCAUGCCUAGCCUGGUGGUAUCAGGGAUGAUGGAAAGGAAUGGGCAUGGCAUGGCAGACCUCACCAAGGACAGGGUGCUGGAGGAUGACAGAGCCCUGCAGAUCGCCCUGGACCAACUCUGCCUCCUGGGUCUGGGGGAGACAGAAGAAGACACCAACAACAACAACAACAGCAGCACCAACAGCUCGAGCAGCGGCCAGCACCCCCAGAAAUCGGGGGAGAGCAAGCUGUGUGCCCUGUACAAGGAGGCAGAGCUGAGGCUGAAGAGUUCUAACACCACGGAGUGUGUGCCAGUGCCCAGCUCCGAACACGUGGCUGAGAUUGUGGGCAGGCAAGGCUGCAAAAUCAAAGCGCUAAGGGCGAAAACGAACACAUACAUUAAGACACCAGUUCGAGGGGAAGAGCCGGUUUUUAUGGUGACUGGACGUAGAGAAGACGUGGCCAUGGCAAGGCGUGAGAUCAUUUCUGCCGCGGAACACUUCUCCAUGAUAAGAGCUUCCCGGAACAAAGCCGGCAAUGCUUUCGGCAGUGCCCCAACUCUACCCGGCCAAGUCACAAUCCGUGUCAGAGUCCCCUACAGAGUUGUUGGAUUAGUAGUUGGACCCAAGGGGGCUACCAUUAAAAGGAUUCAGCAGCAGACAAAUACUUAUAUUAUCACGCCAAGCCGUGACAGAGACCCGGUGUUUGAGAUCACUGGGGCUCCAGGAAAUGUGGAACGAGCACGAGAAGAAAUUGAGACACACAUUGCGGUACGAACCGGCAAAAUCUUGGAAUACAACAACGAGAACGACUUUCUGUCCAAUAGUCCAGAUUCUGGCAUGGAAAGUCGAUACCCAGAGAGCUGGAGAGUUCAUGGUACAGCAGCAGGUUGCAAACCUCUUUCCACCUUCAGACAAAACAGUCUAGGGUGCAUUGGUGACUGCCCGGCAGAACCCGUUUAUGAGACGCCAAGACUGAAUGAUCAGAAUGAAUUCAACUACGGCUACUUGUUCCCUAACUACAAGCAGGAUGUGUAUUACGGUGUGGCUGAAAGUAGUGGACCCAUGUGGGGAGGACAAGAGAACAACAGCCCAACCCCAGGCAUCUUCACAAAGCAGCAGCGCUCGGGGAGCAGCGGCACCAUCCAGACCAAUGCCACCCAGAGGUCUCCAGAAUCCAGCCUUACUAGCUUGCCAAGGAGAAACCAAGGCGAUACUCUGCCAGGCUUCACCAAACUUAAUGCCACUAGGAACUCUGUUUCUGGAAGCCGGGAGUGCAUGGUAUGCUUCGAAAGCGAGGUCACAGCUGCACUGGUGCCCUGCGGGCACAACCUUUUUUGUAUGGAGUGUGCUGUACGCAUCUGCGAACGCAAUGAACCUGAGUGUCCAGUUUGUCACGCGUCCGCCACUCAAGCCAUAAGGAUAUUUUCCUAA